AUGUCGACAACUCGUAUAUCGAUGCCCCAUCCGUCGGUCGAUUCACGGAGAAGACAUGGCACCUCUCGGUCGUGCUCGACACAGGUGGACCUCUCGGACAUGGCACCUCACCAGGAGGAGAAGCCUGUGAGUAUCACCGUUGCCCUUCAGAGCUUAACCACUCGGGAGCACUCCUUGAGCGUGUUGGCUUUAUCUGUGAUGUUUUUCGUGAAGGACUUGGCCUUUUACGGGAUGGGUGCCUUCUUCCCCAUUGCCUGGCGCAAGAGCACCCUGCUCACGGGCUUGAAGCCGGCGACGGAGUUGCUGUGUACGGCUGCUGUGGGACUUCCUGGCGUCGUGGUGGCGAUGCUCCUGAUUUUCAGUCUGCCGAGACGCGUGGCUUACUCCCUAAGCGCCACGGCCUGUGCGAUUGGCGCCUAUGCGGUCCGCGGCAUCGUGGAUAAGGAGAAUGUGCUGGGAGUGACCGGAGUUGUGUUCUACAAGCUCUUCUACCCCACGGCGCAGAUGAUCACCUUCUUGUUUCCCGCGGAGGUCUUCAGCACUCAAAUCCGUGUUUGGAGCAUGUCCAUCAUCGCCUUUUGCGGCCGCAUGGCGCCCUUGGCGGUACCGGUCCUGAUCCACACCUUUCAGCACCUCUUUCUGUUGCUCACGAUGGGCUGUUUUGCGCUGGGCGCCCUUCUGGUUUGGAGCCUUCCUGAGACCAAGGACCAGGAGUUGAAGACGUUGCCCAGCGAGUCGACGCACCUGAAGGCGGCGGGCUCCGUGGCGAGCUAUGGCGCUGCCCCUGCGGCGGCUGGAUGA